AUGUCGGACGAAGGGCUCCCCUCGGCUGCCGCAGGCCCCUCCGACCCCAGCUCAUCGUCUCUGCUUUCUCACCUUGCCGACUCGCUCGCCAACUCCAACGCAGCCACAGGCCCUGCCGCCGCACGGGGCACCGUCAAGCUCCAUGUCCUCUUCAGCGUCCCUCGGCAGGCCCGCGAGCUAUACCCUUUUGCACACGUCGAUGCAGACGAUGCCUAUGCCACGUCCAAGUCGACCCCAGUCAAGGCCUUGGUCGAGCACAUCUUCGUCACCGCUAGCUUCACGCCCGCGGCUGAAGAACGCACCGCGCCGGGCUCAGAGGAGCGAGAGGCGCGACUCAUAUAUGCACUCGAAUGCUUUCUCUACACGCUGCCUGCACACGAAUCUGCCAUCAUGUACGUCUCCAAGAUUGACUCGUCAGGCUGGGGCCCAACACCGACACCGACCCACCUGCGAAAGCUGAUCGAUGGUCAGACAACCACGGCCCACAACGGCAAAGAGGAGAAGGCCAAAGACUUCAACUACAGCACGAGCAUCACAAAAGUUCUCACUCAAUCGUUUCUGUCGUACUUCGCAAGCCUCUCUCACUGGACGUCGUCCAAGACGCUCCCUUCGGUCCGGCAUAUAUCGCUCCACAUUCUUGCCCGAGCUCAAAGGGCCUACCUGUUUCCUUCGUCGGAGGAGAACAAGAACAAGCAUGUCCUCUCUGAUGGGCAGCUCAUCAAAUGGUGGCGCGCCAUCGUGAGCGAGGUCUCGUGUGGUGUGCAGAGGAGGUUCAUCAACGGUGGAGGCUCGCUCGACGUGCGAUCUUUCUACAUCAUUCCUGGCUACAACGACCUCGAAUCGCAUCCGCUCGUCCCAUUACCCCCGAGGAGCAGCGCGAAACGUAGCAGUAACGCGCAGCCUACACCCGAGCAGGCCCUUGCCGAGACGCAUUGGGUCUAUGGACACCCGUACAGUCACAAGGGCGCGGGACUCAAGUCAAAUGAGCCACUACCUCCCCUGCCAUUGUCCGGGCCGUCGUUUGACAUGCAGAAGGCGCCCCUCAUCAAUCAGAACCACAUCGCCACGCUCCUCCCCCACUUCCCAGACGACCCAAAGAGCCGAUUCAUUGCCGAAAUUGCCCGGGACUCGCACGAGCAUGCAAAGGGCCAACCUCAGCAGGAGGAAAAGCGCGAGGGUAGUGACGAGACAACGAGCAAUGGGAGUGGCAAUGGUCAAGGCAGACCUAAAAGGCGAAGCGCGACGCCCAGCACGCCAACGAAGCGACUCAAGGCCGAGAACAGCAGGGCUUCUUCUCGCCGCAACACCCCCGGUGCCUCUUCCUCUGCAAGUCCGAGCCCGAGCCCCGUCAAGCUCACUUCGACCCAAAGGAUCCACAUGCGAGAGCGCGGCGGCCUGAACAAAGUCAGCCCUGAUGAGUUCUGGGAGAGGAUGGGCUUUCGGCAGGAGUGCUGUUCGGGAAAUGCCGUUGGGGUGUUUGUGGCCCUCUUUACCCUCUUUCCCCAUCGUGACGAGGCGGCACAAAGGGACGAAGGUGCUUCGGCGGGUGGCGGUCGGUCGGCGAUGGAAGCCCAGCCAUUUGCGCUGCCGCAUCCCGCCAUCAAGGACAUGGUGUACAAGCACCUCAUCGUCGACGCAUGCGAAUGGUCCGACGCCGAAAAGUCAGUCAGCCUCACAAAGACGUGGGACGGCGUCGUCGAGCGAAAUCUGAAGCGAAAAGCGGCGGGCCCUGCAGCGGAAGAGGCUCGCAGUAAGCUGAGCCAGAAAGAAAAGGAGGACAUUGGGAGAGACCAUGUGUGGAAAGAAGUCGAGCUUCAAGGUCCCACGUCGGCGCAGAUCAAGAUUGCCGAAGAGAAGUGGAAGGAGCUCUCCUCGGCCGGCAAAGCACCCAAUGGCGGAGAACAAGCCGAAGAGGCAAAGGAACGGGGACCGACUGUUAACACUUUGUCCGUGAAGCGAAAGCGCAAGACGUAA